UAAAAGAGAACAUAUAGGCGGAUAUAUAGCCCACAAUACACUACUACGCACUGCUGUAACACACUCCCACCUAAACCCCAAAUCAUCCACCCGCCGCCGCCGUCCGCCGCCAAAAUGCAGGCUUCCUUCCUCCUCUCCCAGCCGCCACCUGCCGCCGCCAUCAAAACCCGCUCACUCUCCCCCCUUCAUUUCAAAACUCCCUCCUCCCUCACCAUCCACGCCUCCACCACCAUAACCACCACAGAAACCGACGUCCCGCCACCACCGCCCGCCACCGCAGUGAAACUGAAUAAGUACAGCUCCAGAAUCACGGAGCCCAAGUCGCAGGGCGGUUCUCAGGCGGUCCUCUACGGCGUCGGCCUCUCCGACGACGACCUGAAGAAGCCACAGGUUGGAAUCUCGUCGGUUUGGUACGAGGGGAACACCUGCAAUAUGCAUUUGUUGAAGCUCGCCGAGGCGGUGAAGGAGGGCGUUACGGAGGCCGGAAUGGUGGGGUUUAGGUUCAACACGAUUGGCGUGAGCGAUGCUAUCUCGAUGGGGACUAGAGGGAUGUGCUACAGUUUGCAGUCUAGGGAUUUGAUUGCCGAUAGCAUUGAGACGGUCAUGGCUGCUCAGUGGUACGAUGGGAACAUUUCGAUCCCCGGUUGUGACAAAAAUAUGCCUGGCACUAUUAUGGCUAUGGGACGGUUGAACCGCCCUAGCAUCAUGGUUUAUGGUGGUACGAUUAAGCCAGGUCAUUUUCAAGGUCACACAUAUGACAUAGUAUCCGCCUUCCAGGUCUAUGGAGAGUAUGUGAGUGGUUCAGUAAGUGAUGAACAAAGAGUUAAUGUACUUCGUAAUUCAUGUCCUGGAGCUGGGGCUUGUGGUGGAAUGUAUACUGCAAAUACAAUGGCUUCAGCUAUUGAGACUAUGGGGAUGUCUCUUCCUUACAGUUCGUCAACCCCUGCUGAAGACCCUUUAAAGUUGGACGAAUGCCGCCUCGCGGGGAAAUAUUUGCUAGAUUUGAUCAAAAUGGAUUUGAAACCUCAGGACAUCAUCACUCCAAAAUCCUUGCGUAAUGCAAUGGUGAUUGUCAUGGCACUUGGUGGAUCAACCAAUGCAGUUUUGCAUUUGAUUGCCAUUGCAAAGUCUGUUGGUGUGGAGCUGACUCUAAACGAUUUCCAGAAAGUCAGUGAUGCGGUUCCGUUCCUUGCAGAUCUUAAACCUAGUGGUAAAUACGUGAUGGAGGAUGUCCACAAGAUCGGUGGUACACCUGCAAUCAUUCGCUUUUUGCUGGAACUUGGGUUUUUGGAUGGGGAUUGUAUUACAGUUACGGGCCAAACUUUGGCUGAGAAUGCAAAGCUAUAUCCAUCCCUGCCUGAAAAUCAGCAAAUAAUUAGACCCGUGUCAAACCCCAUCAAAGAAACAGGUCACAUACAGAUAUUAUAUGGCAAUCUUGCGCCUGAAGGCUCUGUGGCUAAGAUCACUGGGAAAGAGGGGCUGUACUUCUCCGGGCCUGCACUUGUAUUUGAAGGAGAGGAAUCUAUGAUUGCAGCUCUCGCUGAAAAUUCAUCACACUUUAAGGGAAAGGUAAUUAUUAUUCGAGGAGAGGGGCCCAAAGGUGGGCCAGGCAUGCCCGAAAUGCUAACCCCAACUAGUGCUAUAAUGGGUGCUGGACUUGGCAAGGAAGUUGCACUACUAACAGAUGGAAGGUUUUCUGGAGGUUCACAUGGAUAUGUGGUGGGCCAUAUAUGUCCCGAGGCACAGGAAGGUGGUCCCAUUGGUCUGGUUCAGAACGGGGACGUGAUUACCAUAGAUAUCGAGAAGAGGAGAAUGGAUGUAGACCUAACAGAGGCAGAGUUGAACGAACGCAGAAAGAAGUGGAUGCCACCACCUUACAGAGCUACCAAGGGAGUUCUUUACAAGUACAUUAAAAAUGUACAAUCGGCUUCAAAUGGAUGCGUGACUGACGAGUAGAAGGGAGGGGCUGCUUCCUUAGCAAGGCGUAUUGAGCUCACCAGGUAUUUUCCUUGCAGCUGUUGAGGAUAUCUGAAUCUGCUCCGUUUUCUUUUUUUAAGUUUUUCUUGAAUAAAUUGCCCGCCCAAGUUUUGGUUACGGUUAGCUCUGUUAAUUUCUUCGAUAUCUCUCAUGUUGUAAGGUUCAAUGAUUGUUGUUUAGCCAACAGUGUGAAGGUGUAUAGUAGCAGGGAGUAGAGCUCCAAUCUUGUGUAAUGUAUUAUGUUGGCCAUUAGUUUAAGGUAGUUUUUAUAGGUUUUAGUGGAAGGAGUAGCUUAUCUUUCUUGAUUUUGAUGUUGGAAUAAUUAUUUAUUAGGACUUUUUUUCUUAGGAUUUGGUAGUACUUGCUCCAGACAUCAUGUUUCUGAAACUGUGUUCUAUCUUCUACUAUUUUGUUGUCAUUUUAUCAUAUAUAUAUAUAUGGAAUGGUUCCAAUAA